GGUCAUGGACUGGGUGAACAGCAGCACCACGUGGAACAUCCAUCCUUCGCUGGCCAUAUCUGUGUCCAUGUGCACGCGCGUCUACCUGACCACCACGGGCAUGGAAGCCAAGUACGGCGACACCUGCCAGUUUAACGACUCUCCUCCGGGAACCUCGGCCACGUACUGCGACGACUACAGAAAGCUGUACCUCACCUUCAUCAUAGAACCGACGCAACUAGUGACGUACGCGAAUUCCGAGAAUUACAGCGAAUACAUGUCGACCUUCGAGACGCAGUCGGCUGUGACAGAAAAGCUUUGCGAUGUCAAGAUCCGCUACAGAAACCUGGACAUCAGCCUGGCCCUGUUCGACAUCGAGUGCGAAGACUGGCAGAACGAGUGCACCAAUGCCGAGUCCAACGUCGUCCAGGGCACGGACAGGAUGAGCUACAUCUACCAGUACAUGUCAGGCAGCGGAAGGACGGCUGCGUCACUGCUCAAUCGUACGGACCCCUCUUGUCCCUGAUGGCGGAUUCGGCAAAGGCACAGUCCACGCUGUCUUUGCCCUCUGGACCGAGACUUGUGCAAGCGUGUGUGAUGGACUCGUCAUUGGUGGUUUCUAUUCACAGUGACUGUCCCUAUACAUCGAUGGAUUGAAAU